GUAAUAUUUUGUUGUUUCGAAUCCGCCAUCUAAUUAUGAGUGGUUCUGGAAAAGGUCUUCUCGGGGUGUGGUUAUACAGAAGAGGCGACAAUUGGGCUAUUAAAGAAGGAAGCCCCAUUCACAAGUCGAGUGAUAUCCCCAUGGUCGAGCGCAAAUCGAACAACGAUAACAAGAAUUCCGUCGUUUUUUCGUUGAAAAAUCAAAUCGGCGGUUUGGCACGAGCGUUGCAAGUUUUUCAGGAUUUGGGAGUGAAUGUCAUUCACAUCGAGUCACGGAAAUCUGUGCGCCGCGGUUCGGAAUACGAGAUCCUCGUCGAUGUCGAAUGCGAUUCGAAAAGGAUGGAACAGUUGACGAGAAUGUUGAGCCGAGAAGUUGCCGCCAUUAAUUUAGCGCAAUACGAGCAAAUGGGAAGUAUCCCUCACGCUCCAUCGCUUUCCGCGGCUCCAAGUUUUGAUUUCAGUGAGGUAGAUAUGCCAUGGUUCCCACGAAAAAUAUCGGAUCUAGAUCAGGCUCAAAACGUGCUCAUGUACGGAUCCGAAUUGGACGCAGAUCAUCCCGGCUUCAAAGACCCGAUCUAUCGCAAACGUCGUGUACAAUUUGCGGAUAUCGCGAACAAUUACAGAUAUGGCCAAGCGAUUCCUCGAGUUCAGUACACGCAGGAGGAGAUCAAGACAUGGGGUACCGUUUUUCGUGAAUUGCAUCAUCUUUAUCAGAAACAUGCUUGCAACGAAUAUCUUGAGAAUUGGCCAAAAUUGGUGAAAUAUUGCGGUUAUAGAGAGGAUAAUAUACCACAGUUACAAGAUGUAAAUGUUUUUUUGAAACGCACUACUGGAUUUCAACUUCGACCCGUGGCUGGCUACCUAUCACCGAGAGACUUUUUGGCUGGUCUUGCUUUUCGAGUAUUUCAUUGCACUCAAUAUAUUCGACAUUCGUCCGAUCCGUUUUACACACCUGAACCAGACUGCUGUCACGAAUUGUUGGGUCACAUGCCGCUUCUAGCGAAUCCAAGUUUCGCUCAAUUCUCUCAAGAACUUGGACUGGCUUCGCUCGGAGCUUCGGACGAGGAUAUCAAUAAAUUAGCAACUCUUUAUUUCUUUACCGUGGAAUUUGGAUUAUGUAAGCAAGAUGGCAUACUUCGCGUUUAUGGGGCAGGUUUAUUAUCUUCCGUCGCGGAACUGAAACACGCGGUCUCCGUUCCUGAGAAAACUUUCCGAUUCGAUCCGGAGGUAACUUGCAAACAAGAGUGUAUCAUCACUGCGUUUCAGAAUGCUUAUUACUAUACGGACAGUUUUGAAGAGGCAAAGGAAAAAAUGCGAGCAUUUGCAAACCAAAUACAACGACCGUUUGGAUUACGGUAUAAUCCUUAUACGCAAUCGGUGGAAGUGUUGACGGAUGCUCAAAAAAUCACGGCAGUAGUCAGCGAGCUCAGAGGUGAUCUUUGUAUCGUUUCGAACGCUCUCAGGAAGAUACAAGAGCAGGAUGAUACGGUGGAUAUUGAGAGAAUAACUAAUCUUUUAACUCAAGGAAUCGAAUUACCUCAAGAUACUUCGUCUUCCGAUAGCGAUAUCGAUAAAAGUCCUAAUAUAGAGACACCGGAAAGAUCAGUACGAAAUCAAAAUAAUAUAUAUUCCGAUGAUAAUAUAAUCAAUGCUCAAGAUUAAAAAAAAAAAAAUUUGUUUCAUAAGUAAUUAAAAUUUGAUGCGCAUAGUAAA